AGAGAGAGUGGGCCAGUGGUUGGGCCGAUGUAAGUGGGCCAAUGGGAACCGAGAAGCGAGUGCAUAGGUUGGAUGUAAGAGAGUUAGAGAGAUGGUAAUGGUGAAACAGAAAUUGGUUUGAAAGUGAGAGGAAUGGGUGCGAUAACGAGCGCGGUGAUUGCAGUGGUGGGAGUGAUUCUGGGUUGGAUCACAAUAGAGAUCGCUUGCAAGCCAUGUCUUGAAAAGGGUCGAGAAGCUAUCGAUCGGAGUCUCGAUCCAAAUUACGAUCCUGACCAACAAGACACCGCUAUUCGCGCUCCGCUCAACCCCGCCGCCGUCCCCGACCACUCCCCCGCCGCCUCCUCUGCCGCCGUCAAAGCUGUUUGAAAACUUAUCACCCUUCUCAUGUUUCCGCAUGCUAUUCAAUAUCUGUACCCAUAGUUUUAUUUUACCCUUUUUAGGGCAGUAUAUGAAAAAGGUUUUUUUUUUUCUUUCUGGGGUGGAUCUCUGUGUGUGUGUGCGCUUUAAAUGGUUAUUCCUCUGAGGGUGAAAUGGCAAACUUGGGAUCUUAAUUGUAUUGUAUGUUACUGAAUAAUUAUAGAGUGUGGAGACUUGUCAUUAUUUAAAUGGAGAUUGUAAUUUACCUCAAACGUUGGGGCUGAGAAUGUUUUAUUGGUAUAACUAGUCGCAUACAAUUCGAUGAAAUGAAAAUAAAUGCACGAGUUGCAAAAGUA